AUGGCAUUACCAGUACCAUCUGGUAAAGUCGAAUUCGGCCAAGCCGAGUUCGGCAAAAUCGCUUUCAACAAGCCGUGCAGCACAUGUCGACGCCGGAAGGUGAAGUGCAACAAACAACUGCCCUGCGAUACCUGCGUCAAGCAGGGCGCGGCGGCAACCUGCGCCUACGAUGUUCCAAGAGAAGCCACUCCCGAAAGUCAACAACGGCUUCAAGAACGAGUCACGCGUCUGGAGAAGGAGAUUGAAGAGCUGAAGGGGAUGGCAACUCGAGGUGAAUCACUAAGAGCACCAAAGAUUCCACUUCUGUCAACAACUCCGUCAAGCCUCAGCGAAUACAAUGUCGAAGAAUCCAUGGCCGGCGACCCGGGAAUCCAAGUCGACGACGAAAACGUAUCCUUCUAUCUCGGUCCGAAUUACUGGCUCAAUAUUCAAGACUACAACUACGAACCGCGUCAUCUGUAUCGCAUCGAAUCCGACAAAACCGGCAGAAAUCCGGACAGUCCUACUGCUUGGCCAAUUGGUAGGAAUCCAGCACUGCCGGAUCUUUCCCACAUGCACCUCGACCCCGAAAAGGAAGAUAUCUUGACCGACCUCUUCUUUGCACAUGUCGAGCCUUUUAUCAGGAUGUCUCACGAUACUUACUGGCGGCAGCAAAUCACGGAUUUCCGCGUUGGCGUCAGCAAGAUCCCCGUCGACGUGGAGGCUGCCAUGUUUACGACGCAGACGAUGACAGUUGCAGCUAUGCCAGCCAGUGUCAUACAAGAAAGACUCGGAAAAGCCAAAGAAGAAGUUCUACGACACUUGCAAGAGGCUUCCCAACUGGCAUUAGAGCGGGCAGAUAUUCUGCGUAGCAGAAAGCCGCUUGCAUUUAUUGCUCUGUUAUACCACAUUCAAAUGAAAUUCGUCGUUGGUGACGGCGAAAUCGCAGCCUCGCUGCUUGGGUUGGCUGGCCGCUUCGGAACGCGGAUUGGACUGCAUCGUGAUCCAAGUCAUUAUCCGACAUAUACGCCGUGGGUUACGGACGUGAGACGAAGGAUAUGGGGUCAUUUCGAACUAUUGGACAGUCCAGUGUACAACCUCGAAGGCGCUGAUUCUGGCCUACCGUUUAUAUCCGAUACCCAGCCUGCUGCGAAUGCGAACAACAGCCAGUGGACUCCGACGAGAUUUGCCAAACCGAGCUCUGUUCCUCCGGAUAUAGAAGGAAUUACAGACAUGUCCUUUGUUCUCGUGCGAAACUGCCUCUGCAAAACGAUGCAGUCUAUCACCAGGAGGCGGAAUGGCUCCAGCCCCGAAGAAUUAAUUGGCCAGGACCCCGAAUAUCGUGCUAAGUAUUACCAGGAGUGCGUCGAAAUCCUAGAAGAGAUAGAACAGGGCGAGAUUAUUGCAGUACAAAAUCAUUGGGGUUGGCUUUACCAAUGGCCAACCACACCUUGCCUGAUAUACCACGUCCUGAUAGGUCUACGUGAUCAGUCGAACCACCCAAUCACGGACCGAGCCUGGCGGCAGAUGAACGUAGUCUUUCGAAGACAUAACAACGAUAACAUCAGCAUGCGCAAGUUUGCUGCCUGGCGAGUCAUCGAAGAGUUGUGCGAAGAAGCUAUGCACUAUCACAAACAGAGAUCACACCAAGGAGCGUGGUACACCCGGAGGCUCGGUGACAUGAAGUCUGGGCCGGUAAUGAGUGCGAAGGGAAAGGAGCCGCUGUCGCUGGAGAAUGCGACCAUUGACGACAUUCUCGGAGACGUACGAAUGUUUGGACAACCUAGCGCCUCCCAUGGAAACAUUGUCAGUGGUUCUAGCUAUUUCGUUCCACAGCAAGCCUUUCCAACUACUGCUUUCGCUACAUGGGCACAGCCUAGUCAGCCUGCUGGACAUCACGCAUUCCCGGUAGAUGCGCAAUCGGAAGAGGAGGAGGACGACGACGAUGAGGAAGAAAUGUGA